AUGGAGUAAGGGUUCACAGUUCACUGAAGGCGUCAUUUGCUUUCCGCGUCACUGAAAGCAUCACCAACGCUCUCCGCAGCGCCGGCGAUGGCGGUGCUCACCGCCUCCGCCUGCUCGACCUAUCGCCUGGUGAUCCGUUCGGAGGCGCACUCGGUGGAGGAGGACCCCUCCCCGACCCUCCCCACCCGCAUCGUCCUCCCUAAGAAGAAGCCAGUCAAGUGGUCCACCGGCGUCGCUCCCGGCGAGUACGGGGGCCCCCCGACAACCACCAAACUCAGGAAGUACUGGGGCGGGGGUGACGAGGAUCCCGUCACCGCCACUGAUGACUUCAUCUGGAACAAGGAGUUUCUAGGCCGCAUGCAGCAGCUCCUCGACGGAGACCAAUCAAACCCUAAUUCUGUUCCUUCUUUUAACAAGGAGCCAGAUUCAGGAUUCCUAAGCCUCAAUCGAUCCAUGAGCCUUGACAGCAUGGAGGUCGAUCUUAGCAAAGAAUUGAUGCCACCACCAAAGCCGGUGUUGGAGCAGCAGGUAGAAGCCGCAAGGAACGGUCUUUCUUUCACCGAAAUCAAUAAUGAUGCUUCAUCACCGAGAUGGAGGUUCGUACCUACACGAAGGGAGCAAGCAAAGUGGGAUAGAGCGACUAAGGCAGCCACCGGUGGUAGUGAACUUAUUUUGCGUGAGUCGAGACGGGAACGAGGUGAUCCAAAGAUAUUGGCAGUACAAUCACGACAGCAGUAUCUAAAGUUGAAACAGAAGUUACAAAUUCUUACUGCCAGUAUAGGUGGAAUUGGAGUUGUAUCUGCAUAUUUUACCUACACUCCUGAAAUUGCAGUUAGCUUCGGUGCAGGAUUGAUUGGUUCAUUGGCGUACAUACGGAUGCUAGGCAAUACGGUUGACUCAAUGGCUAAUGGUGCAAAAGGGUUGAUGAAAGGAGCCGUUGGACAACCACGGCUACUGGUUCCAGUUAUACUAGUGAUGAUGUUUAACAGGUGGAAUGAGGUAUUAGUACCAGAUUAUGGUUUUAUCCACUUGGAGCUGAUACCAAUGCUGCUUGGGUUUUUCACCUACAAGGUUGCUACUUUUGCCCAAGCGCUCCAGGAGGCCAUUGACACAGUCAAUAGUAAGAGCUAAGCAUGAACAAGAAACAUCACCGACUAGCAGUUGCUUUUCGUAACGAGUUUCAUUAUUUAUUUUUCCUUCUUUUGGGUAUCUUUGAUUUAUGUAAACAGACAUUUAAUGUCUUAUAAGGGGCGAAUGGUAGAUGGAGAACACAAUUUCUCAAAGAAAUUUCUCUAUUUAAGAUCAUUUGUAAGAUGCAGAACAAAAAGGAAACGAAGUAGCAAAAAAAAUCAAAGUGUA